AUGCCCACUACACCUGCUCAGACGUCCAACGGUUUCUGCAAGGGGUUCCGUGAAGUAGCGGUGGCAGGCUGGGAAGAGAAGGGAAUGAUCGACGAGAUCAAUGAGAGAGAUCCCAACGGCCCUCUGAUGACAACUACGAAGGGUUACCUGAUUCCACCUUUUGGCAAUGAAUGA